AUCGCGCGGAAGUCGAAGGUUUUGGGCCUAGUAGUAGAAUGGGUGUUCCGAAAUUUUUCAGAUGGAUUAGUGCUCGAUACCCUUGCAUCAACCAGGUUUUGAGAUCUGGCGAGGUCCCUGUUAUCGAUCACUUUUAUUUGGAUAUGAAUGGCAUAUUGCACACUUGUUCUCACCCAGAAGGCAGUAAAAUAAUCUUUUCUGAAGAAAUAAUAUUCAGGAAUAUUUGUUUAUAUAUUCAGUUCUUGUUCAACCUCAUUAAGCCGCGUAAGACUUUCUUUUUGGCCGUGGAUGGUGUUGCUCCCAGAGCUAAAAUGACACAACAACGUGCUCGCCGUUUUCAAUCUGCUUUAGAGGGGCGUAUUGCUAAAGAAAAUGUAAAAAAUAAUCCAUCUGAUGCCCAAAUUUUCGACCCGUGUCUAAUUUCCCCAGGUACUGAAUUUAUGGAACGGUUACAUCGUCAUCUUGUUACGUUUGUGGAUAAGCAUGUUAAUCAUGAUGCCGAUUGGCAAUGUAUUGAUAUUAUUCUAUCUGGACAUGAUUGCCCUGGGGAAGGCGAACAUAAGAUCCGGGAGUAUAUAGCAUAUCGUCGUGGUCUACCAGAUUAUUGCCCUAAUGAGCGUCAUUGUAUAUAUGGGAUGGAUGCUGACUUGAUAUUUUUAGGUUUGACAACUCAUGAAAUCAACAUUUGUAUUUUACGUGAGAACGUUGUUAAAACCCAAAAUUGUUCGGCUGAUAAUAAACCUUUCUGUAUUACUUACUUAUCGCUUCUUCGGGAAUAUAUUGAUUUGGAAUUUGCAGAAUUAAAGAAGACAUUACCGUUUCCUUAUGAUUUGGAACGUCUUAUUGAUGAUUGGGUUUUUAUGGCUUUUCUACUUGGAAACGAUUUCAUACCUCAUAUACCUAAUUUGCAUAUACAUGCAGAAUCUUUGUUAACUGUCUGGGAUACAUAUCAAGUAGUAUUACCGAAAUUAGACGGUUACCUUGUAGAGUUUGGAUAUUUAAAUCUUCCACGCUUUCAUAAGUAUUUAGAAGAACUUUCUCAAUUUGAGCGUGAUUGGUUCGAAGAACGUGAAGCUGCUUUCCAAUGGAUGCGAGGAAAACAAGGUGCUCGUAUGGCAAAUGAGCUAGAAAAACUUGGAUUGUCAUCUGAAGAUAAUCAGGCAUCAUCCCACAAAACUGUCUUUUCAACGGGGAAACGUACUUCAUUAGAUAAGAAAAAUGAUUUGGAUCAAAUGACUGAUUUUAUAGAUUUAUUCAUACCACGAUCUGAUUGUCAAUAUGAUAAUGUUAUACUAGAUGAAGCUGCGGAAUUAAUGGAAGAGGGUGUUGUUGUUUCAUUAAAGUCAGAUGAUGAUAAAUGUAAACAAUUAUGUCAUAAAAAUAAUUCUUCAAAUCAACUUCCUAAUAAUAAUAAUGAUAAUAAUAAUACACAUGACGUAAUGGAAGAUAAUCAUCAUCAAGAAGAUGAUGUGUAUGAUGAAGCAGAAACGGAAUUAGUAGAAGGAAAUGAGAAUGUCAGUGAUAUUGAAACUGACACAGAUUUAGAUGAAGAUAUACUGGUGUAUAGAAUGCAUCGUCGUGAUUACUAUUCAUCGAAACUUGGUAUACAACUGGAUGAUAUAUCAAGUGAUCAUGGUGAGAAUUCCACGUUAAUGUCUCUAGUUCAAGAUUAUAUCCGAAUGCUACAAUGGAUAUUGAAUUAUUAUUAUUUAAAUGUGGCUGAUUGGGAUUUCUUCUAUGCUUAUCAUUAUGCACCAUUUGUACAUGAUCUUAUUUUGUAUACAAAAAAAUUUGAGAAUUGUCAAAAUUUCAAUGAUGUUAAAUUUUCUUGGACAAAAUUUCAAACAGAUUCACAACCAGUUUUACCAUUUGUUCAACAAUUAAUGAUAUUACCAUCGGAUUCGGCGUAUAUAGUUCCAAAACCUUAUCGGGAAUUAAUGGUCUCUCCAUCUUCUCCAUUAGCUAAAUUCUUUCCUAAAGAAUUUGAAACUGAUAUCAAUGGAAAAAUAGCAUCAUGGGAGGCUGUAGUGUUAAUUCCGUUUUUGGAUCAAGAAUUUCUAAUAAAUGUUAUGAAGGAUGGUAAUGGUAAACUAACUGAACAGGAAAAACAACGCAAUCAACAUAAAUCCCACCUUUUUUAUCGUGCUUGUGUAAUUGGACGUGUAAAAUCUCCUGUAGAAUUAAUUACUUAUGAUUUUUACCGUACAUCUGUGAACUAUAGUGAAUCACAGUUAAGUCAAUUUUAUACGUCAGUUACUCGAUCUGUUGUUGAUGAUUUUCCAAGUCUAUUGAGAUUACCGUUUACUUAUAAAAUUCAAAGAAUACCAGUUUAUGUUUUUGAACGCCCCAGCAAAUCGGAUAGUUUGGCGUUGACAAUGAAACCCCAUCCAGAAUUUUCGAAAUAUGAUAGUCUUAGCCAGUUAGCUGAAAAUAUUCUUGGGCGUCCUAUUCGAGUUCGUUGGCCAUUCUGUGCUACAGUGAUGCCUGUUCGAUUGAUGAAUAAUAGUGAAAUUUGGGAACUAGUGGACUUUAAUAUAGAACCAAUCAUUAAAUCUUCAGGUGAUUUACCCUCCGAAUCCCUACGGUCUCGUCCACUUUUAUCGUCUGAAGAAAGUCACGAAUUGAAAUGGAUCAAUAGUCAGUUGUCAAGUCUAAAGCACUAUUUUGAAAAACGUCGAGCAAUUUUAUUUGAUGACACAAAUGAUGAUAAUGACAGUAAUGAAUUAAAUGCUGAUGGGAACUUAACAUCAUCGUCGGUUCUAGUCUUUUCUCGUCCAUUAGAUGGUUGGUCUGUAAUACCUGAGCGAAAAAAUGUUUCGAAUAGUUUUUCUCUUAUACCGAAUUUUGUUCGUUCACGUGCUCAAAAUGGUGAUGAUUUAGAAUUGUCUAAUGCACCAUUUGCAUCUCCAUUCAUUCAAUCCGAAACUAUGGGUGACUCAUCGACAAAACAAGAUAAGAAACGAAAAAUACUUAUUGAAAAACCUUCAUUGAGUAUAGAACCUGCUUAUGGUCUAUCAGAUGGUUUAAAUUUAGAUUUGUUAGAUGUAAUAUUACCUGGACUACCUCCAUCCCCAGCGAUUGGUUCUCUCGAAAUUGACUGGGGUUACAAUAAAGCAAUUUUAUUGCAUACAAUAUUUCAUCCUGGUAAAAUAGUGUUUAAUUUAGCCAAAGAAAAUUAUGGAUCAGUCGGUGAAGUUGUUGGAGUUGAUGAGAAAAAAGGUAAAGUUAUGGUACGGUUCUAUCCUGAUUUCUCGUCAUCUACUGAUUUAACAGAAUUCUGUAGUCAGGUCGAAGAAUGGGAACAUGAUAAUUUCUAUACAAAUAUCAUGGUUGCAGAUCAAUUAAAUGUUCCAGUAUUUGUGGUGAAUCGAUUGACUGGUAGCUUGAUGGUUCAAGUUACUUCUGGAUCUUGUUCGUCUUCUGGAAAUAGUACUGACGCUAUCAGUAAACAUAAUCAAUACACUGAAACAAUGGCCGAGAACAACGUAGAAAACAGUGUAGAGAAGAAAAAAGGUGAACAGAAAUCAUUUACUAACAUUGGUUUAAAUCUGAAGCGAAAUCGCUCUGGUGCCCAGGUUUUGGGUUGGUCACGUUUUUGUACUGUUCGUCAUACAUGGUUAUUUUCUAAUAGGACCGUUGAUUUACUCAAAGAAUUCAGUAAUAGGUUUCCAGAUGUUUGGGAUAAAGUUUUAAAGUCGUCAAAUUCAUCUGAACGAAAUAAUUCAUGCAUAAAACUUAAUUCAAAAGAAGUUGACGAAAUUACGGAAUUUAUUGCUAAUUCGGAAUGUAGGAACGCUCCAGUCUUACCACAGAAAGGUAUCUAUUUAGAUGAGGAAUGGUUACGAAAAUUGAAAUCGUUAUUUCUCAAAGAUAAAGACAAAACUUUAUCUGAACCGUUUGAUCGUCAGGUUUGGAGUAAAAAGCCUCCGGUGUAUUGUUCACCGACGUCUUUGUUUCUUUCAGUGAAUUCAAAUACAAGAAUUUAUCCAUCGUCUUACAAUUUAUCACCAUUUGAUCGUUGUUAUUAUUCAUCAAAUUAUUCAUCAGUAUUUAGUUCAUUUACAUUAUUGGAUAAAGUUAUUUACAUUGGGAUAGGACAAAAUAUCCCAUUAGGAUUACUAGGCAUUGUUAUUGGUGUACCAUCUGGUGUAAGCUCUCAAAAAAGUGAACAACCGGUGGAGAUCAUGUUUUGUCGAACUUUCACUGAUGCCAUCGAUAUUCGAGGAUCAGGUCCUUGUUGUGCACUGGUACUUCCAUCAAUGUUACUCAGACUACCAGAGAAAAGUGAUGACAAUCACCAAUCAACUUCUCAGUCGAAAAUAAAUAAACCAUUAUCGAAACCUGCAUGGUUCACUAAAGAACCUCCGCGUAACUAUCGUCCUUGGCCAACAAGUAACAAAUUCGAUCAAAAUACUUCUCAUAAAAAGAAAAUCGACAAUUCAAAUCAUGGUAAUGUAUCAAAUUCAUCGAAUACAUCUAAAUUAAAACCUAAACAGAAGCAGCCACCAUCACAAAUGCAAAGAAAUACAUUUAAGUCUGCUAAAAACGUAUCAUCUUCAGAAAAAGAUAUGAUAAACAAGACAAUGCAAGAUUCCAAAUUACCUACUUUUGAAGAUAAAUUUCUUAGCCAUUCUCAGAGCAUAAGUGGACUUAAUGCAAAUCAAGAUCGUAAUGACGAUAAUGUAGAUGUGUCUAAUUCGUCACACGAUGCAGAGCAUAAUUCGCAUUUUUGGACUAUGCCAAGCCCACCAGACGUACCUCUCCCUCCAUCGUACUGGUCUAAAGUAUCUAAUAGUGGCAAAGCUGCAAAUGAUCUGAAAUCGAAUAACAAAACUAAAGACAAUCAAGAAAAAAACCUGCGGAAAACGAAUGAAAAAAGUUUUGAUCAGUCUACUAUUUUUCACCGUACUGGUAAUUCUGCAGAACGUAACCAAAGAAGUUCAGGCACUCGUUUAGAUAAUCGUUUCAAGUUAAACCACAACAAUGACUUGCCCAGGCCGGCUUUUGAAAGACCGAAUUUUAAUGAACUUCCAAACCUCAGUCAGUAUCCACCUUGCAACCAAAUCCAACCUCAAAUUCACCCUGCCUAUCAACCAGUGCCAUUUAUGCAGUUUCAGCGGGUAGUGCAGCCUUCAGGAUUCCCGAUUAAUGUGAUGACUCCAUAUAUGUGUAAUCCAAGAAUGCCUGAUUCUUCUUAUAUCCAGUAUCCUUCCUAUUCCCCUAUGCCAGGUUUUCAACCAGUCGUUGUAAAUCGUGCUCCUAUUCCUCAAUUCCCAUUAAUAUCAAAUCCUAAUGCUCAGGUUUUCAACCCUAUUAUGAACUACGAAAACAACAACCGGUUUAAUAACCCGCCAAUGCAAUCGUCUGGUGAAAGAACUAGGUCAGAUUCCUCUCGUUUUCCUGUCAGGCGUGAUCUGUCAUCUCAUCGAUCAAACACAUCUCAUCAUAAUGCUAAUCAGUCAAAACGUUUUAUUCCUCCUCAAGUUUCACGAAUGCGCCGAUCUUAGAUUGAGAAAUAUUCUUUUAACCACUUAUUCUUUUUAUCGAAAAGAAUCGUCUCUUUUUACAAAGUUUUCCUACAACAUUUUUGUGAAGUUUCCGCUAAAAAAAUUUUUCAACUCCUGAUCGAAUGCUAGCGAAUAUAACAAGCUUUUUGAUAGUGAUUGUUUUCUAUGGAUUGAUUUUCUUUUUUUCUAAAUUUUCUCAGGCUUCUCUAUCUAUUCAAAUUUGUGUAACACCAUUUUCUACUGGUUAAUUUUCAAACGACUGAAGCGAAAUACAAGUUCUAUUUUAUAAAUGUUGUUCUUUUAAAUCUGUAAAGAUUUUAUGUGAGUAAAUCGACGAUUCUAUUGUGUCUUUUGUACUGUAAUUGCUUCGUGUUGCUCAAAUAAUCCUCGCUUUAUUGAACAAUCAUUAAACUCAAUUUACUAAAUAAAAGUAUUAUUGUUUUGCA